GGAAUAAUACUCUGACGUAUCGCCACUUUUUGAUGAUUUCAGCAGAAUAUAUGUUGCAAGUUAAUUGUCUGGGUCGGAGAGUGGGCACUUGCUACAAAGCUUCCGAUAACCAUGGCUUCUCGGCUCCCCCUGCGUGUUUACUACGACCUCCUGUCCCAGCCCUCCAGAGCAGUACUCCUGUUCCUUAAAGUUACCGGUAUUCCACAUGUUGAAAGGCCAGUGGCGCUCCGGAGAGGUGAGCACAAGAGUGAAGAAUUCACUAAACUGAACCCAAUGCAGAAAGUGCCAGUGAUCGUUGACAAUGGAUUUGUUCUCACUGAGAGUGUGGCCAUCCUGAAGUACCUCGCAACAAAGUACAAUGUGCCCCAGUUCUGGUACCCUCAAGACGUGUUUCAGCGGGCAAAGGUGGAUGAAUACAUGGCGUGGCAGCACGCCAAUGUGCGGUUUCAUGCAGCAAAGGUCUUCAUUCUGGAGGUUUUGAUACCCAAGGCAUCAGGCCAGGCAGUGGACCAAGAGAAGCUGAACAAAGCUCUGGGUGAAUUAAGCGCAACUUUAGACUUAUUGGAAUUGAUGUUUCUGAAGAACCAGCCUUUCAUUUGUGGUGAGCAGAUUACAGUGGGAGAUCUUCUGGCCAUCUGUGAACUAAUGCAGCCACUUGGAGCUAAUCGAGACAUACUACAAGAUCAUCCAAAGUUGGUCGCCUGGCAUAACAGAGUACGGUCAUUUAUAGGAAAGCCAUUUGAUGAGGUGCAUUCCUACCUUUAUCAACUGAGAAAUAAAGCCAGACUUUAAAGCUGAACUACUAUGAAAUUCAGCAUAUUUCACUUAGACUCUUGGUAUUAAUUCAUUCUUUUAAACUACAGGCAGUCCCCGGGUUAUGAACAUCCAACUUACUAACAACUUGUACUUUCAAACGGACUGCCAUAAAGCUCAAUAGUUCAAUACAAUGGUUCGUAAUAAUGAACGCAUGCAUUACAGUGGUUCAUUGGCUCAAGGAAGGAGAACGCUGUCCGCCAUUUUAAGUCCGAUCACAUUGCUGAUAACAGUGUGUUGCGUGUGUAACUUUGUAUUUGGCUUAAGUUUUUCUCUUAUUUACGCUUUCUUAUAACCAUUCCUCCAAAGCGUAAAUCCGAUGCAAGUGUUGGUGAUGCACCAAAGAAAAGGAAAAUGAUUACUGUUGAUAAUAAAGUGGAAAUAAUAAAACGAUUGGAAAGAGGUAAAACGUCAUUGAAAAACUGUUAGGCUACAGUUGGUCAACGAUCGGAACAAUUUUAAAGGAUAAAGUGAUGAUAGCAUUUGAGGAAGAAGACUGGGACCUAAAAGCUCCAGAACCAAGAAUGUUUUUGACAAGAGUUACCUGAAGCCUUUCGUCUCAUUGAAGCAUGGGUGGCAAAGUUACAUGAGCAAGAUCUAAUAUAGAGAGGUUCACCAAAGUUUACCGUACAAUUACCGAGGGCCUCUGCUGCUACAAGGCCAUUUAUGACGAGAAAAAUAAAAGCUCUGCAUAAAAAGGUAAAAUAUAUACUAAGACAAACAUUUGACUGACUGACACUAAAUAAGAACCAUAUGUACCUGUUCCGCCUUACCUACAAAUUUGACUUAAAGACAGACAUAGGAAUGGAUCUCGUUUGUAACCUGGGGACUGCCUGUACAUGCUUUGACAAAAGUGUCUUUUUCUGUUGAUCAGUAUCAAAAAAAGCCAAAUUAAAUUCACUGUGAUUCAGUGUUGUAAAACAUGAAAACUUCCAAGGGGAGCAAAUUUUUUUUAUAUAUAGACACUGUUUCCCAUUUUACCUCCUUGUAUUUUCUUAUUUGAAAACAUAAUUGGUCAUGAUAGAGUAAUGGGACAAGAGAAGUUCUGUGCUUGUCUUAAAUCAGCAGAUUUAUAAAGUUCAGAUGAUUGCCUGACCUUGGAUAUGGGAUAAUUAAAUCUUAGUCCAAACUGCAAAUGAUGGUCCUUUUCAAAAAGACCUUUUUUUUUAAUAGCUAGAUAUGAAGUAUGUGAUCCUAUAGGUCUACAUUUGAGGGUCAGAUAUUACCUAGUCUGGAGAUAGUGCUGUAUUAAACUAAUUAAUCAAUGAUUGAAUACAGGGGAGUGCUCUCAUAAAAGUCUGAGAUUCAUUUUCUUGCAGGCA